CAGGUUUACGUUGUAAAACAGGAAACGGUGAGAGGCGUUAGCAGCAUUUAGCCUGUUGGCUCCCUGUACUGCACACAGAAGCGAAAUCAGAGUAAAGCGUUUAUCUGAAGCAGGGAAUAGAGAGUAUCGUCUGGCCGGUUGAUUGGUUUCUUCGGUGGGACCGUCAUGUCGGAGACGUACGAUUUCCUGUUUAAGUUCCUGGUGAUUGGCAGCGCUGGGACUGGGAAAUCAUGCCUCCUUCAUCAGUUCAUAGAGAACAAGUUCAAACAGGACUCCAACCACACCAUCGGCGUUGAGUUUGGCUCCAGGGUUGUCAAUGUUGCCGGCAAAACGGUCAAACUGCAGAUCUGGGACACAGCUGGGCAGGAGCGCUUUAGGUCGGUGACCCGCAGUUACUAUCGUGGAGCAGCAGGGGCGCUUCUCGUGUAUGACAUCACAAGUCGGGAGACCUACAAUACUCUGACUAACUGGCUGACAGAUGCACGGACACUGGCCAGCCCCAACAUCGCCAUCAUCCUGUGCGGGAAUAAAAGGGAUCUGGAUGCGGACCGUGAGGUCACCUUCCUAGAGGCGUCUCGCUUUGCCCAGGAGAACGAGCUGAUGUUUCUGGAGACGAGUGCUUUAACCGGGGAGAACGUAGAGGAAGCCUUUCUCAAAUGUGCUCGUACCAUCCUCAAUAAGAUUGAGUCGGGUGAGUUGGAUCCGGAGCGGAUGGGUUCUGGGAUCCAGUACGGCGACGCGUCCCUGCGGCAGCUCAGACAGCCCCGGGGCUCUGCUGCACAGGUCAAGCAGCAGUGUAACUGUUAGGGGCCCGGACACCCUGACCGCUGCCUGACAUCAGACCAGACACACACAACCUCCCCCCUCGGCUCCGAGUGUCUGUGGUUCUCUGCCGAAGAGGCACGGGCAGUAGAGGUGAAUCACGUCCCGACUGAGAGACUGUGCGUGUUUUUAACUUCUCCUGUGAUUCUUACACACAGUUCCUUCUUUUAAAGUAAAUCGAGACUUACUAGACUGGGAUAAAACCAUUCAGCCAAUUAGCUCUUAAACUAAAUCAUUUUAUACAUUGUGACAUAUCAUAACUUUGUUGGUAUUAAACUGAAUUCCCCUUGAUUUUGUUUUGACAAAAUAUGACCAGACAGCCAAAUAAGAGCUAUCAAAACCCCUUAUACACUCAGAGAUUUACCUUGUUGCAUUGGUCAUGCAUUUAAAGAGCUUCUGAAAGCACAAAGGAGGUGAAGGGGAGAAAGACACAUCCAUUCAGAUCUUGUCAUUCGGUCGGCGCUAUCUGCUGCAUAUCAGAUGUUUACCGCCAUCUCAGUCUGGCUUGGGUUAGAGGUUAUCGUCUAACUUAACCUCACCCGUCUUUCUGCACAGACCUCCAACCGUCCUAUUGAAAUUAAGGACAACUAAUCUUGUCAAUUUUGUUAUUAUUUACAUUGUGCGUUUGUUUGGCAGACACAUCUAGAAAUAUAAAAUAACACAUUUGUUUAGAGAUUGGUGGUUUCAAAAUGUAUUUCACGAAAUGCCCCAAAAAUGUAUCGUAUGUAUAAAGAAUAAUAGAUUCAGUUGAAACUUUGAAUCUGAAUGGGUGAAUCUCCCAAAAACUUAUGUUAAAGUCAUAUUUCAGCCUGAAUUGAAAAUAAUUAUAAUUAACAUGUUUCCAAAAGAAAAUAAAGGUUACUUUAGGGCAAUUAAGAUUUAGGAAAUUUUGACUUUGACAGUUAAGCACAUUUCCUCCCAAAUCUUUAUUUACUAUAAUGUCAAAAAAUAUAUAUAUAUAUUAAAAAAUAUUUUAUUAUUGGAUUAUAGAAAUGCAAAUGGGAUUUUAAAUGCAUUAUUUUUAGAUUUAAAAAAAAAAUGUCACAAUGCAUAAAAUCAAUUUAUGAUAGCAAAAUGUCAUGAUUUUGGGGGUGAAACUACAACAAUACAUUUCUUUUUCUUUCUUUUUUCGAGAUUCAGCCUUGAUUUUAUUGUUGAAGUCACAUAAAAAGUGUACACCACAGGUUAUAUUGUAUAUUGAGGAAUAUUUCCGUGCAGCAACCACCUCAGACCCAUCAUACUGCAACACGAUUCAUGGUACACUGUAGCUGUGGUGUUUUGGCGUACAUACUGUGGGUUGAUUUGUUCAUUGUUUGCUCUGGUUACCCAUGAAAGGGAGAUCUAGAGGUGAUGAGUGGCACAGUGCCCCCUUCCCUCAGUGACAUUAUCAUUAUGCACCACAGACCUGUUUUGAUCUGUGUUUUAAAUACUGUCUAUGUGAUGUGUUGGUUUUUCCCUCUGCAAGUGCACUUUUUUUGACUGUUUAUAUACUUGUACCUAUAGAAUUGUAAAAUGUAUAAUAAUUUAACUAUAUUAAAUGAGAGUAUAUAGUUUGAGGAGUGCUCAUUCCUUACUAAAGAACAACUGAGACUACAUCACCACAUCUCUUCUAGUUCAAGCACAGCCUUAACUGACUAACCAUGAUUGAUCUGCAUCAUUCAAGAGGCUGCCUCAUGCUCUCAUAAUCCUCUGAGCUCUUAAAAUGCACUUAUACUGUCACAUUUCCUUUUUUGCUCUACUGUGAUCACUUUUACCAAAUUUUGUAUCUAACUUAUUUAAAGUGCCCUUAUUAUGGGUUAUGAAAGGUUCAUAUUUUGGUUUUGGGAGUCCCCAACAACAGGUUUAGAUGCUUGUAAGGUCAAAAAACACUUUCAUUGUCUUAUAAUAUGCAUUUGUUUUUACCUUAUUUGGUCAACGACUCCCAAACGAUUCACUCAUUGAUUAAUUUUUCCAAAAUCAUCCUUUGUGUGACGCUAAUCUGCAGUGAUUGGUCCGCAUCAUGCCUGAUAAAGCAGUGUUUGUGAGCGCAGUGCUGCUUUGUGUAAAGCAUUAUCACUAUUUUUACCGCUCAAAUAGAAGCAUCACCUAGUGGCAAAGAAUGGAUGUUUUCCCAAGUCUGCGUGCGCAACAAUGGGGUGGGAAAUAUGCUAAUGUUUCUUGUUGACGUCAACAUUAAACUGCUUGGGAUUCGUUUUAAAACGACUCUUUUUCAGUGAUUCAGAGUCGACUCUUUCUUUUGAGAGAAAAUAACUUUCUACACGGUGCACUUUCAGAUUUGUAACUUUGUAUGAUGUUUUCAUUCGCUGCACGAAAGGUCAUUUUCAAAAAUCAAUAAUGGGGGCACUUUAAACUAUUUUUAUCCAACAAAAUUUUAACUCAAAGGAAUAUUCCAGGGUAAGUAGAUGUUGCAAUAUAAGAUGUGGCCACUAAACUUGGAGCCAGCUAAAUUUCUACGGAUAUUGUAUCAUUCGUAAUAUAUCACACUGUGCACAAUCUCCAAAAACGUAAUUCAAAAUAUACAAAGAAUCUAUUCCAUUUUGCUCCAAUGUAGAUUUAAAGUAGUUGGUUCUUUUAAUUCAGCUAAGAGGUCACAAUCAAACUUGAAUUCUGAAUGCCGUGAAAAUGCACGUUGUUUAAUAGUUUAAAAGUAAAGUUACUCCAGAUUUCUCCUGGCAGAUUUCGCAACUGGUUCCAGUUUAUGUGGAUUUGUCACAUUGACAAGCCGAAAGCUUCUUGGUUAAAAAGUGUUUUCUUUAUGAGCUGUGCUUUCUACUUGCUAAUGUGACCACAUCUUCAAUAACGGAACUCAAUGGAAUGAGAAGUGUAGUCUGACCAAUAACCUUAAUAAAUGACCUUUAUUUCAAUAGUAAUUUGUGCAAUUGAGUUUUUCGCAAAGGCGAAAAGUUUCCCCAAGCACAUUUUGCUCAUGUUCAAAUUAGUCCCAUGAAAUUUGACGUUAUGACCAACAGAGGGCAGCUUGUUUUUAAUGUGACUUUUGUGUGAGCAGCUCUGCUACUUUUUACGACGAAAAAUGUGCAUUUGUUUGCGCACAAAAUUUUGAAAGGCAAAAAUCAGCCCAUUUUCGACUUCCUGAAUGUGACCGCACCUUUACAGUGUAACUCUGUGGGCCAAGUGUUGUUGUUUUUUUCUACAUAAUUUUUUUUAUGAUUAACAACAGCAUGUCACAGAUGUUGCCCAUUGAGCUUAACAUCUUUGACCUGGAAUAUUCCUUAUCGUACCGAUAUUGAGUUUGAUGCUUUGCUUUGUAUGGUCCCAUUAAAAAAUGGUACAUGGUGUUAAGAAGGGCGAUCACAAGUAUCAUUUCUUGGCAAAGUUUUAUUGAGCGAAAUCCAGUUUCAAUAGAAAUCUGUGUGAUAUGGAGUUUUGUGUAAGGGCACAAAAAGUCCCCUCACAGAUUUUGUGGUAACGCUUUGCAAUAAGAUUAUGUUUGUACUCAUGUAAUUAUGUUUGACCAAACUUGAAGAGCAAAAUCUGCUUUUGUGACUUUGUCUUCAUGCUCAAGGUCUAUUGCACAGAUUCCUUUUUAAAUGACUGGAUUGUAACAAUUUUGCCAGAUGAAAUUUCCAGAAUUUUUUUUCACAUCCAGUCAUUUCAAUUGGAUUCCACUUGAUCAGUGAUUUUUGCACGAUGCUGAUAUUUCCCCUCGCAGAUUUCGCACCUGUUUCAAGUGGGUCUCACAGUUUUCUGAUGUGAGCUGUGCGACACCAUUGACAUCCAACAGUGUUUAUUUUUUGCCCACAAAAUUUGGCUAAUGUGACGUGCCUUUAGAGCAGCUCCACUUCCUGAGCCAGAUGAAAUUCAGUGGCUGUUGUAGUUGAGUUUGGUAGCAGUUCAUUACCAAAUAUCAAUAUGGAGUGUGUUUGAAGAGUAUUUCAAAAGUACUGCAUAAAACCAGUUGUUGCUUAGUAAGCAGUGUGAUUGGUUCAUUCAUAAAUACUGUAUAUCUGAAUCAUCUAUGCUGUAAAUAAGAUUUAAUAUGUUUAUCGGAGUGUCUGGGGGAGGGGUGCUUGUUAAUUUUAAAGAUUAAGGUUAUAAUUAAAGUUUGCUUGUUUUUUA